AUGGGAAGCAGUGAAAGUGUUCCGAUUCCAGGCGGAGGAACCGAAGGAUACCACGUCCUCCGGGUAAGUUAACCACGAUUUAUAAAUAUCAAUAUUGGCUCAUACUUUGUUCUCAGGUUCAAGAGAACUCUCCUGGGGCAGUUGCUGGCCUUGAGCCAUUUUUUGACUUCAUUGUUUCUAUCGGAAAUAUUCGAUUGGACAAGGACAAUGAUACGAUGAAGGAAGUUCUGAAGCAGCACAUCGAAAAACCUCUCGAAAUCACUGUUUACAACAGGUACAUUAUUUACGGUUUUACCAAAAUCUAACAGAAAAACAUGCAGCAAGUCGCAGUCUGUACGCCAAACAAGCAUUAUCCCGUCACAGAACUGGGGAGGACAGGGACUUCUUGGAGUCUCUAUCCGCUUCUGCUCUUUCGACGGAGCCAGCCAGCACGUGUGGCACAUAAUUUCUGUGCAGCCCAAUUCGCCUGCUUCCCUGGCCGGUUUGAUCACUGACACCGACUACAUUCUUGGAGCUGAAAGUGUCCUCCAUCAGGCCGAUGACUUGAUCGCCCUUGUUCAAGCGAACGAGGGAAAGCCGUUGAAGCUAUAUGUUUACAAUGUUGACACUGAUGUCGUCAGAGAGGUAACUUUUCAUUUAAAAAACAUUAAGUUUUACGUUUAUUAUCAGGUGUCGCUAACUCCGAAUUCUGCAUGGGGAGGAGAAGGAUGUUUGGGUUGCGACAUUGGUUACGGAUAUCUUCAUCGCAUUCCUGUUUCGGUCGACAGAUCCAAUAAUCUCCCGCCGUCAAUUGCCCCAGCCCAGCUAAAAGUUCCAGUUGGCAAUCCUCUAGUUGAUAAGGUAACACAUACUAUCUAUCCAAUUAAUUCAGUUUGGAUUCAGGUGAAUUCUGCAAAGCCUCUAUCAGCUGCCAACUUCCCGGACCCGUCGCAGUUCUCGUCUUCCGUGACUUUCCCGCCCGCCCCAACUCCCCUCAUUCAAAAUUUACCGCCGCCACCGCAACCGGCUUUCCUUCCACAACCACCGACGUCCUACGCUCCGCCGCCAGUUGCUCAACAGCAAUUAACUAACGAACAUAACGGACAUGGGCAUUCGCACGGUUCUGGAGCACACGGACAUUCUCAUGACUCGGAAGACCAUGGACUUUCUCAUGAUCACGGGCAUUCCCACGAAAACGGCCAUGGUCACUCACAUGAGCAUUCCCCAUCACCACAAGUUCCUGUCUCGGCUCCAACGCCAACUCAAACCUACCCACAGCAAUAUGUGGAACCAGCUCAGUCGGCAACCGAUUACUACAAACAACAGCAGCAGCAGGCCUAUCAGCCAGCGGCUUCACCGCCAAUCAGUUAUCAAGCUUAUCAACCACCAGCACCGGCUCCUUACUAUCCGCCUUCAGCUGCACAUGCUGCUCCGAACACCUCCGCUUAUCAAGGUAAUGAUUCGAAGAAAUUAGUUUAAUUUAGAAUAAUGUCAUUUCAGCCCCGUAUUAUCCUCCUCCAACGUUCAUGCCACAACAAUCCACGUAUAACCCGGGAUACCAAGCCCCUGAGAUUCCAUCUGGAGUUCCUCCGAUGUUCUCCGCUUCAGCCACUCCCGCUCCGCCAACUUCCUACGUGAACCGUUAGUUUCCUGUACUUUCAUUGCAUUCAUAUCCUUCCGUUUCCAGCUCUUCCUCCACCACAGUUCCCGAUGCCGUCUCUCAGUUCGAUCGGAAUUACGCAGUUGGCCGCUCCACCUCCACCAGCUCCGGUUUCUUCGAACUACCCAACGCCGCCCAUAUACCCGCAAUACGGAGCGUAUCCACCGACCACGUCACAAAACUAA